AUUACAUUCAAGAUGGCCGCCUCCAUGAAGUAACACAGUCCGUUUCAAGGCGACAUGUGUGCAGUAGUACGUCGGACACUGGACACUGUUUGUAGACUGGCCUAGGGUAGAACUCUUUCUCUUGUUCUUGAUUGUUAUUUUGGAGAAUUUAAAAGCAUUUUGUAGCAAUGACUUGCCAAGGCAUUGUCAAGUGGCGGACAUUUGUCAGUCGAUUUUUAUUUCACGGUUUUUAGAAGUUUUGUGUGUAGCGAAUCAAGAUCAAGCAUGCAUACUCGAAAUAUUCAUUUACAUAUUCAAGACAAAUUGCUGCAAAAUUAAAGGAUUUUGAAUUUGAACACCACACAAGAAACAUUUUUCCUACUCAUUUGGCAUUUAUUAUUAGUUGUUUUUUGGAAAAUAAACGUUGAUUGCCAUGGCAGUGAAUAAAAAAUCUAAAGGCAAUGACGAUAGUAACUCAAACACAAACGGCAAUACUACCAAGAACACAUCAAUCACCAGAUGGGUAUGGAAUCGUCAAGUCGUUAGUCCCUCAUCAGUAUGUGCAGGAUCAGCCGUUGGUGUUCACUACAAGGCAAACCAAGGAUCGUGUCAGCAGAGAUUACUUAACGAGGUACAAUGCUGUUUGUAUGGCCGGGUCGCACCAUCUGGCUUUUCGGAUUUCUCUAAGGUGCAAGGACAUGAAGCAAUCUUCAACUUGGAGUUUUCACCCAGCGGUGAUAUUCUAGUAGCAGCAUGUGAGGAGAAUAGCAUGUUACUGUUUGAUCCACUCACAACCAAGAAUAUAACAGCUGUAAGGAAUGCGCAUGGAGACUGUGUCAACUGUAUCAGAUUUUUAGACAGCAGAACUUUUGCGUCGGGAUCAGAUGACUCUACCAUUGCCUUAUGGGAUAUUCGUAAUUUGAAACAGAAGGUCCGCUGUUUGGAGGGACACACAAACUGGGUGAAGAGUAUUGAAUAUUGCCACCGGACACGACGGCUUAUUUCCUCGGCUUUUGACGGUGCAGUAGUUAGUUGGGACAUCAACAGUUAUGAGGAAAACGGAGCGCCACAUGAAAAGAUCUUCUACAUCGAGUCUCUGAUGAGGACACGUCUAACCCCGGACUGCACCAAGCUUGUCAUGUCAACUGCCAGAGGUUUCUACAUUGUCAUUCACAACCUUAACCUUUCAACUCUUAACUCUGACCUUGCCAAUGUAGACUUUGUUGAGUACCAUCGCAUCGCCAUGCAGGAAGAGGAAGAUGGAGUGAGGUCAGAGCAAGGUCAUUGGAGUAGAGAAGCGCCGUUUACGAGGACGAGAAAUCGUGCAGAGUUGGUCUUAGAUUGUCCUGAGGACAGUAAGGCAUCUUGUAUUUCAUCUUUGGUUCUUCAUCCACACGGCUGGUGUAUGAUAUCGAGAUACACAACAAGAGAAGAUGAUGCUGAGUGGACAUGUGUACAUGAUCUCCAAGACCCACUUCCAGACCAGAGUCUUUCCAUUCGUUCAACCACUCAACCCCAAGCUCUUAAGCGCUUGAUGUACUACACCAAAGAAUCCACAGAUGGGAGAGGGUACAUCAAGGAGCUUAGCGUCAGCCCCGACGGUCGUCUCAUCUGCUCCUGCUAUGGAUACGGAGUCCGAUUACUCGGCUUUGACUCAAAAAGCAGUGAAUUAUGCGACAUUCAGCCCCAUGGUGUCCGUGAACUCAAGCAAAUCAAAUACUUGGUGAAACACAAGAGUACUGUUUUGACUUCAAGGUUUUCGCCGACGCAUUGCCUCCUUGCGUCUGGUAGUAUGUGUGGAAGAGUUGCGUUUUACCAACCAAAAUUAUGAAUACAAAAAGUACCGCCUAUUUUCCCUACUUUGUCGAUGGGGUAUGUUUUAUAAAACAUUAUUUAUUGAAUGUUUUUUUAUCAACGUUUUACCCUAUUUAUAUUUUAUCCAUUUCUUAAAUCAGGCUCACGAUUUUUGGAUGAAGGCAUUGGAAUCAGCCUGGUUGCCUUGCAUGUAGAGCCUUUCUUGUGAGCUGUAUACAUUGUACAUAACUAGGCCUGGGCCACUACUGAAAUUUACAAAUCGACUAGUGGUGCCCCAAAUAGACGCGACUUCGACACUAGUUGCCAUUAAUUUUGAAUUCCCGCCAACGGCAUAUUGUUUGCCGCAGACGCAAUAUAGUAAAAUUCACACUGAAAGGAUUGAAGGUUUGUGUUACUGAUGUCUGAUUGUGUUUCGUAAGUAAAUUAUGUUGUUGUGAAUAGUCGUGAGCGACACAGUGUAUUCACCAAAGAGGUAGUUGUGACAGCACGAUUAAUCGAGUAGUUGAAAAACGGUAGUCGCGACUCGAAAAUAGCAAUCAAUAGUCGCGACUUCGACACUAGUCAAACUAGUUGCCCAGGCUUAAACCACAUUUCAUUCACCCAUUUAUACCUUUCACAACAAUAUCAACUGAUUCAAGAGAGCACUUGUUCAUUCCAUUGGACAAAAAGUAGUGUGUUGGAUCACAAUGUGAAUGUUAAGUUGUCCAGUUAUAAUCAAGUAAUGUUGUCAUCCAAAGAAAUUUGUUUCCGCUUGUAAGUUUUAAUAGAAUAUACAACUUUAUGUCUUAAUUAUUAUUGUAAAAAAACUACCAAGUAGAUUUUGUGUUGUCUGUGUAAUUAUAUCUACGUGGGUCCCAACAGUUUUUCACAAAAGUAUUUUGUAUAUUUUUUAAACUUGGGUGUGAUUCCUGUCUAUACUGCAGGUACAGUUAACAGGUUGAAUGGCUUCUUAUUAGUCAGGUUGGUGUAGUGGUGUCUUGCCUCGCCUUCCACCUCUGGGUCCCUGGU